CCUUUAGUCUGCUGCCAACUAACAAUGCCGCCGCCUGUCAAAGGCUGGAGGGACCUGGUGAGCGAUCUCUACGCGAAGCACAUCAAAGGCGUUCCCAAACCGCCACCCGUUUCUCCUGCCACUGCUGCUUUCCUGUCGGUUCUCUUCACCAUCAUCUACGUGGCUCCGUUUUACAUUUCGGCGGCAACCCGUCCAUCUCCACAGUUGACACGUGAUGCUCCGUCGUCUAUACGCGCCCGCAUUCGAGCGGUUACCUUCUCAUGCGUUGUCAGUGUAAUUCUGACAGUCUGCGUGCUGUAUCAAUCUGGAGAUGUCCCUGUAGCAGAUAUGCUUUCAUUGCUAGGCCUGUGGCCCGUCUCUCUCUUAGACAUAGUGAGGACCAUGCUGCUUGUGGUCAUCCUGUUCGCCGGACCCUUGUUUGAAACCGGUAUAGUCGACGGUGAGCUCAAAUACUGGAUCAGAGGUACCGGGCUGUAUGAUUCUCUGAGCAGCUGGAUCGGAUAUCGGAACUUUGUAGUCGGCCCCGUCAGCGAGGAACUAAUUUGGCGCUCGCUGAUAAUACCGCUUCACGUUCUCGCCCGAUUUUCCGGGAAGCAGAUCAUAUUCCUUACUCCGCUGUACUUUGGCAUCGCUCACGUUCAUCAUUUGUACGAAUUCCGCUUAACACAUCCACAAACCCCACUGCUGUUGGCCGUCCUCCGCUCGCUCUUCCAAUUUACGUAUACCUCCUUGUUUGGAUUCUUUGCCGCCUUCGUAUUUCUACGCACCGGUAACGUCUAUUCAAUUGUACUUGUUCACGCAUUCUGCAAUUGGCAGGGACUUCCGCGAUUCUGGGGGAGAGUGGGCGUGGAAGCAGGGGAACCCAUCGGUCCUGUCGGCGUGGAUCAAAGAAACGAGACCAAAGGUCAUCCCGGAGGGAAAGGAGUCAUAUGGACUGUUGCAUACUACAUUAUCCUAGUCGCUGGGGCUGUAGGAUUCUAUUGGCAACUCUUCCCACUCACAGAAAGCUCACAUGGCUUGCCCGUGGUUCUCAGAGAGGAGUGAGGAUGUCGAUAUAUGUUGUUUUCUACG